AUGGGUCUUCUUGAUAUCGUGCAGCCUGGCGUUCUUAAUGGUGAGGACGUGAUCAAGGUGUACAAAUAUGCUCAGGAGCACAAUUUUGCCAUCCCAGCUGUGAACGUGACGUCGUCAUCGACGGCAAAUGCCGCGCUACAAGCCGCUCGCGACACCAAAUCACCUAUUAUCAUCCAGACGUCGAACGGGGGCGCUGCUUUUUACGCUGGUAAAGGCAUCGACAACAAGAAUCAGAAUGCUUCAAUUCUUGGCGCUAUUGCCGCUGCUUAUCAUGUACGUGCUAUGGCUAAACACUAUGGCAUUCCGGUGAUUCUUCAUUCGGACCAUUGUGCCAAAAAGCUAUUGCCUUGGUUUGACGGUAUGCUAGAAGCUGAUGAAAAAUACUUUGCCGAGCAUGGCGUUGCUCUGUGGAGCUCGCACAUGCUUGACUUGUCGGAAGAACCAAUGGAGGAGAAUAUUGCUAUCAGCAAGAAGUAUUUCGAGCGCAUGGCCAAGCUAAAUUUGAUUCUUGAAGUUGAAUUGGGCAUUACCGGUGGCGAGGAAGAUGGUGUAGACAACAGCAACGUCGACAAUGCCUCGCUUUAUUCUCAGCCAGAGGAUAUAUUGCUCGCUUACAACGAGCUCGGCUCUGUAUCACCCUACUUUACGAUUGCCGCUGCCUUUGGAAAUGUGCAUGGUGUGUACAAACCAGGAAAUGUAAAACUACACCCGGAGAUUCUUGGCGACUUCCAGAAGCACAUUGCUAAAGAAAAAUCUAUUGCGUCGGAAAAACCUGUGUUUUUUGUAUUCCACGGUGGUUCUGGCUCGACGGCCCAAGAGAUCCAGACGGCUGUAAGCAAUGGUGUAGUUAAGAUGAACAUUGACACGGAUACGCAAUGGGCGUACUGGAAUGGUCUGCGUAAGUUUUACGAAGAGAAAAAGGACUUUUUGCAAGGCCAAAUUGGCAAUCCCGAUGGCCCGGACGCUCCAAACAAGAAGUAUUAUGAUCCACGUGUAUGGGUGCGUAAGUCGGAGGAGGCAAUGAUUGCUCGUUUGCAUGAAGCGUACCGUGACCUCAACUGCGUCAACGUCCUGUAA